CCUAAAUCACUUCUCUUCUUUCUCCAUCGCCGAACUCAACUCACCAUGACUACUAAGGAAUCCGCCCAAGAACUUCUCGAAUUUCACAAGGGCCUUGUGUCGAUCUCCUGCAUCACCGAGAACGAGUCUCCUUGCACCGAGUUCCUGCAUAAGCACCUCACCCAGCUCGGUUAUACCGUCGAGUUACAAAAAAUCGCGCCCGGUCGUGAGAACGUUCUCGCGUACCUUGGUAAGGGUCGCAACCCGACGAUUCUCUUCAACACCCAUAUUGAUGUCGUCCCUCCCUAUAUUGAGUAUCGUGAGGAUGAGGAGAAUGUUUAUGGACGCGGGUCCAGUGAUGCCAAGGGAUCCAUGGCUGCACAGGUCCAGGCGGUCGAGGAAUUGAGGAAGGAGGGGAAGGUCAAGGAAGGGGACAUUGGGUUCUUGUUUGUCGUAGGCGAAGAAGUUGAUCAUAUAGGCAUGGUCAAAGCCAAUGAUUUGGGAUUGACCCCGGAGUAUCUCAUUGUUGGAGAACCCACAGAGUCCAGACUGGCCCUGGGUCACAAGGGAGUCUUGCGUCUCAACAUUAGCAUCGAGGGCAAAGCAGCGCACAGCGGGUACCCUGAGCUUGGAAUCAGUGCCAACGACAAGCUAAUCGAUUUGCUCUACAAGCUGAAGAACUUGGAUCUCCCCGAGGACGACUAUUUUGGCCAGACCACCCUAAACAUCGGAAUGAUCAAUGGAGGACUCGCUGCCAACAUCGUUCCCGCGUUCGCGACUGCCGGCAUCUCCUUCCGUAUCGCCACCUCAACGCAGGAGGUCCUGGACAUGGUUGAGAAGGUCAUCCCCAAAAAGCAACAGCUCCAGGAUAAGAUUACGAUCGAACGCCUGACCUGCUGGGAGCCCGUUCGCUGCCAUUCUGUCCCCGGUUUCGAGACCUUCGUUGCCAACUACUUCACGGACAUCCCGUCCUUCUUGACCGCAAAGCAUUCUUUGCUCUAUGGCCCUGGAAGCAUUCUGUGCGCACACGCGCCACAUGAGUACAUCAACAAGAAGGAGCUGAUUGCCGCAGUGGGCAGCUACAAGGAUAUUGUCUUGAAGCUAUUUGCAGAGCAUAAGCAAUAGAGAGAUCUCCGGCUCUAUACGACAGUGCUUGUCCCCAUUAUAAAUAAAUACACAAGGGUGUUUUCUACAACAGUGAGUACUCAAGUCCGGUAGAUGGUUGCCUUAUGUUCGAUGUAAUGAAAGAG